AUGACUCACCAUCAACGCCGUGAUCGCCAAAUACCGAAACUACAAACCAUCUUGAAGAUGGUCUUUUCAUCAGAUCAGCCCGCAGUGUCUGCAGGGCAAGAGGUCGAGGUGGUGGACGACUGCGAUGAGCCUCCCGAUCAAAACCGUUUACACAACCGCCCCAAUAACGACCAAUUAUAUAUCAAAGCACACCUGGCGCCGGAGAAGAAAGAGUCAUUGCUCACUCGAGCUCUGAAGAGUCCUGAACUCGGUCCCGUUGAUCGAGUCCGAAAAGCUUCCUAUCCUACCAGCAACGCUAGCGGUCACUCUACUGCUGAACUGACUAGUGAUGGCGAUCUCACCAGCCCGACCUACUCGAAUACCUCCAGCCCACCACAUAUCUCAACACUUCAUUUGGCUCCCGUCUUGGAAACAAGGAUAGCUUCACCACCUUCGGAUCCCACCGAAUCGAAAAUUGAGGCUGAUCUUGGCCGCAAGCGUUGUAUCAGCUUUGCUUGUACAGCUCGGCAACCAGAACGACCCAAAGAACCAGAGAAGAAGCUGAAAAUGCCCGAAGAGAGUGACGCGACUGACGCGCCUCAGCGCAAAACGAGAUUGACUUUCGUUUGUCCUUCACGGCAAAGCGAGACCAGACCCACUGCCAGGAGAUCUCCAUCGUACACCUCUCGUGCAACUCGCUCGCCCCCGCCAACGUCCCGUCGAACGUCUCCCUCUAAACAAGUCGAUGUUGCUCGUGUCGCAGAGCCAGCGCCUGUGAAAAAGCCUGGUAGCAUACAUAUGACUGGUCUUGGAGAGUUCAAGCCGUCAGAAGAAACUCGCUUCCACGAAUUCGCCAGUUCGCUCGACGAGGUCGACGAAUGGGUAGCACAAUCGACCGAGCACCAGGGGAAAAUGACAUUGGCCGAUUGCAUGAAGAAAGAAAUGGCUAUUCGAAAAUUAGGAGAAGAAGCUGAGGCUGAAGCCAUUGCCGAAGAAGAAGAGGAGGACGAGAUGGAAAACGAAGAUGACGACAUGGUAGAUCCGGAUGACGAAGAAGAAGACACAGUCCACGACUUUUCUUCUGACGACGGCAACGAAUCAGAUAACGAAGCUGGUUUCGCCGACUCGGAUGACGAGAGCGAUGGCAAUUCUGAGUACGAAUUCUGGGCACCCUCGACAACAACCGCCGCGACAAGCGCUGAUAAUCUGGAUAUCGUGCGUCUUGCUGUUGAUCGCCGGAAUUCGAACACAUCGAUCGAUUCAUUGAAACACGAAUAUAGCCGACCUUCAUCAUCGAUGGCCGGGUCUAGGAAAACCCGCCGCCCGAUCAAUAUCCCUCGAGCUCAAACUCCCGACUUGCCGGACAGCACUGAUUUCGUGUGCGGAACACUUGACGAGGACCGUCCGCUAGAGGCAGCUUACAUGUCAUGCAUUGAAGAACGACGUCGCAAAAAGCACAUUCCUGUCCCUCAAGAUAUCGACCCUAGUUUCCCGACCACAGAUCCCGAGGACAACGAGGACGACGUUGAAGAGAACGAAGAUGAGGACGAGGAUGACGAUGGCGAUGACGAUGUAGCGGUUGCUGCUCGAAUUGAAGAGGAUCUUUUGCGCGGCAGGUCCAAGGGGACAAACAAAAAGACAUCCCGGACGUCCCCCCGACGCGUUCACUCUCCGGCUCCACGCGCACAUGGACAGGUUUCGCCGAAACGUAUGAAAUCUCCUGCUCCUAAAGCGCGACAUGUAUUGGCUGCUGGAUUACCUACAAUUGCCAUUCCAGUACGCAAGACUGGGUUCAAUAUCACAGGUCCCGUUCAGCGUCCUCAUUACAGUCGAACAAAGUCUCUACCUCGCACGCCGAACCCAUUCUUCAAAGGCUUAGAGCAAUCGAGACUAUCCGGUCAGAACAUGUCCACCUCUGGGAACGAUGUUGACGGACCAGUCUCCCGCAGUCGGGAACUGCAUACGCGCGGGCCCAUUGAUAUCAUUCAAGGGCUGGAGCGCAAACGACAGAAACGAAAAGAAAAGUUCUGGCGCCAACAUUGCCGCAAAGCCGCUGCCAAAGAACACUCUGAGCGACGUGUAGCGCGCGGCAAAGGCGCCGAACGUAUGAAAGAGCUUGGUCUUGAAGUGGCCGAGCGAUUCAAAGCAUACGGCGUUGGCCAAGAUACCCAAUUGAUGCUGUCUAUUUGA